AUGGCUCAAACACUCACAACCCAGGAACUGACAGCCCUCUCCACCAAGGCCAUCGACGCCAAAGCAACUGCCUAUUGUAUGGCCCUUUCCCUCCUUCCUUUGAAGCAGCAUAAGCACCCGACAUCCAGUUUUAAGUACAAACAACCCCGAACUAACACCUUCCCAGGCCCAUACUCCAAGUUCCGCGUCGGAGCAUGCAUCCUCACGACAUCGGGCGAGUUCAUCGCCGGCGCUAACGUCGAAAAUGCCGCCUAUCCAGUCGGAACCUGCGCUGAGCGCGUGGCUUUUGGCACUGCUGUUGUUGCCGGCCACAAGGAUUUCAAGGCUCUGGCUGUCGCAACGGAUAUCAAGCCUGCUGCUUCACCUUGUGGGAUGUGUAGGCAGUUUAUUCGCGAGUUUACUUCGCCAUCUUUCCCAGUAUACAUGUACGACGGUGAGGGGAAUUAUAAAGUUAUGACUAUGGAGGAGUUGCUGCCCGAUUCUUUCGGACCCGACCAUCUUAAAUAG